AUGGAAGCAGGAGGUGGAAUUCCUGGUGGUGGUUCAUUUCAUCAUGCAUAUACAAAUAACCACCCAUUUUGUAGUUGUAGACCACCUGUAGGUCCACCAUUAACAGCCAUAGACAGGUUUCUUUACGGUCAGAGCCAGUACUCUCACCAGCAAACACCCCAGAACAGUGCAAACAGCAAUGAAACAGUGUCUUUGGAAAAUGGGUUUUGCAGCAGUGGUUUCUCUCUGUCUGUUGGUGGUGCAAUUAGUGAGGAUUCUUGGCCAAAUGGUCUUGAAGAGGUGGGCUUGUUUGAUGGGUUUUUUCUUGAUGAAGAUGUUCUUCUUCUUCAUACCACCCAAGAAAACAACAACGACAACCCUAACCCUGAUAAUGGUUUGGGAAAAGAAGUACAAGUAAAAGCUGUAGAAGAUCAGGUUUCUAACGGGGUGGGGAAGAGAGGUAAAAAAGGUUGUAGUCCUGAAACAGUGUUAAUUAAGGGACAAUGGACUGAAGAAGAGGACAGAAAACUGAUUAAGUUGGUGAAGCAAUAUGGAAUAAGGAAAUGGGCACGGAUUGCUGAAAAGAUGGUGGGUAGAGCCGGAAAACAGUGCCGUGAGAGAUGGCGUAAUCAUUUGCGCCCUGAUAUUAAGAAAGAUAGCUGGAGCGAAGAGGAAGAAAGAAUACUAGUAGAAGCUCAUGAAGAAAUUGGGAACAGAUGGGCGGAGAUAGCGAAGCGAAUUCAAGGAAGAACCGAGAACGCAAUAAAGAACCACUGGAACGCCACUAAAAGGAGGCAGAAUUCACGGAGAAAGAACAAACAGACACAAACUUCAUCAUCUGCCAAUCGCAAACACCAAUCUUGCAUCCUUCAGAACUAUAUCCGAAGCAAGACUUUCACCACCAACUCUCCUACUACUUCUUCUUCUUCUUCUCGCUUCCCAUUCACAACAACUCCUCUCUCUUCCCAACAAACCACCACCUCCAGUACUCUAACCCUCCUCGAUAACAAUAACAGUACCAACAUCUUAUCCGCUGAACCCUCUGACUCCAAUUCUGGUGACGACUCUACCACUCUGAAUAUGGCACUCCCCACUUACGACGAUGAAUUGCUCUUCAUCCAAAACCUUUUCCCUGACAAUCUCGACCUUCCACCGUCCCUCAACAAUGGCGCAGCCGGAUCGGUAAUCAAUAACUGUCUCCACCCUAUUAUUUCCUUGACCACCUCUAACAAACAGUUGAUCAGUAAUGGGGUCAAAUCUGGUGGCAAUAUUACCAUUGCUGAACCUUCAUCUACUACUCCAGCGAUCAUCCCAAACAGCUGCCAUUCUAGUAAUAGUACUCGUACUAGUACUACCACUGCUACUCCUACUACGACCCAUCUUUACUCUGACUUGUAUCUCUCUUACCUCUUGAAUGGAACAGCACCACCUUCAUCUUCCAGUAAUCAUGACUAUGGCUGCAGCACAGCUACACUGAAUAUUGGAUCCUCAUCGUCGUCCUCGUCGAACGCGAAAAGAGAAAUGGAUUUGAUAGAGAUGAUUGCCUCUUCUAUGUUCUCUAAGUAA